CCCCGCACCAGCUACUACUGAACAUUCAUUGAAAGAAUUUCUCACUCGACUCGUAACGUGUACAGUAAGUCCAAAAGGGAUCAAUUGUAGGUUAAUCAGAUGUUAAUGCCUUCGUACACCACACGUUGAGCAACCCCCCGUCUAAUUCAGGGUCAACGCCGGAAGCCCGAGUUUUUCUACUCCUUGGCUGCUUACCUUAAGCACUCCACAUAGCAAGAAGAAAUUAUGUGACCUUUCUACUUAAUGAGCUUCUUACCAAUAAAUUACUAUCCACACAUACACCAAACAGCGCAAAAAGUGAACAGCACGGGCGCGGACCAAACUUCUGCCAUGUCUUCAAGGAUGGUAAGAAAUACACUCAAGGGUUGUUUUACUAUACAGAGAAUUAGCAUAAAUUUCUCCUUCCAUGCUUGUGGUUAAUAUUUAAAGUACUGCUUAAAAUGUACAUAUCUACAGCAUAACAAUCUACUAAACUGGCUGUUGGUUAAUACUUUCACGAAUGCACCUUGUUACAUAGGUUCAAGCAAUCACCUUCGACUAAAUAUUCUGAAUACCUGAGAGGCAUUUUUCCUUUGCCCUCUACGGCAAUAUAUCCUGAAGUCCUUGACAUCGUCUUACAAGAAUGAUCCAAUAUUCGUUAUCGGGUAAAAAUUCAAAGUUGUAUUAUACAGGUGAAUAGAGGCGCCAAGAGUACUUGCAGACCAAUAGCAAAGGACUGGAUAUCGAAUCCCAUCUGGAACUUUUACCCGAAGCAAGGACUGGAUAUAUAACUACGAAGUUUUACAUAAGUCUAGCAAGCCAUUAUAUUCUCGAUGACUCAGCCGGUCGUCUAAGAAAGGAGAUGAAGGCCUAGCGAGUCCCAAGAGGAGCCAAACCAAGAGCAAGGAACAGACAACACUGACCAAAUAUCACCAAAAUUAAUGAAAUGAGAGAAACUCUCAAAAGGAACGUUCGCGGGUUCGAUCGUAGAUUUGAUUGAUUAUGAUUUGAAAAUUGGUAUUUUGUCUACCGUCUUACUCACGGAAACCAUGCAGCUCACGAUCCACGAUCUAUAGGCAGAGUCACAGUAGUGACGGCUUAUUGCCAUAUUUACAAGCCAUACGCUCACAUACAAGCGUUUGCGUAUCGUCUGGGGAAUGCAAAUUUACUGCCGGUCUAGGCAUAACACUGUGAUAGACAUGCGCAAGUAAGACAUACCCGUACCGUACCCUUCCCGUCAUCAAUUUGGUCUAGGGUGAGGGUAACGGAUCGGAUGGGCGGGCAUUAUGGAAAUACGCUCCAAUGACACCGGAGCACAAUAACAACGCCAGUCAACGCGCCAACCGAGAUCAUCCGAUUCGGCCACUACUGCGCGACCUAAGCACGGGCAGUCUGGCUGGAACCGGGAAGUCGUGCUUGUGCCCAAUAUGGAAACACAAUCGGGUAGAUUAUAAACGCGCCAACAGUGUGAGGUAUCUGAGUCUCUGAGGGAUGCAAUAAAGUAAUGCACAAACGAUCACAUCGGCCGGCCGGCCAGGGUGCAUUCGUCGUACCUGGGGUGUAAUGAUUUAAGCGAAACAGAUUCGCAAUGGCAAGAACACCCCUUUCUUUGUGACAAAAGUGUAAGCAAAUGCAAUGGACCAAACAAAGAGUCAGUGCAGUCGAUGGAACUUACUGCGGAAAUGACCUACAUUCAACGUGAGCUAUCUUUCCGCUUGACGGGCGAUUCUCAGACGUGUAAAUAUACUGCAGGACAGUUUGGUUGCUUUAAACCAUUUCUAAAAGCGCCUGGGCUGAAUCUUAAGAGCUUAAGUGAUCAAUUCAAGUUGAUGCCACACCGGCCAUGCCUUCUUAGGGAGCAGCGUUUCUUUCGCGAAUGUGUUCCAAGUUCACAAUGCCACAGAGCCAGACCCACAUCAAAGUGAUGACAUUUAUUGAAUAAUCUUUGUGCCAUUAGGGCCAACUAACGUCAUACCUCGACCGGAACGGUGGCAUGACCGAAAAAAAGUUAUGGCCAGACCUGACAAUUGGUACAAACCACUGCAACUCAAGAUCAAGCGCGAUCGUGGAACGGUUCCAUAAUCGGACUCCGUAAGAGGCAAUGUGAUGCGGUAGGCUCCGCUGACGGAGAGCAAAGCAAGAGAGCACUAGGCUUUAAUGUUGCAUCGGUUGCAUCGGUCGUUUCCCGUCAUCACACCAGGCGUGUGGAGCCCAGCCAGCCAGCCAGCCUGCUUGGGGAACGGCAAUUUUUCGAUAUUACCGCACUCGCUCGUAAAUCGGCCGCGUAACUAACAGUCGUUCGCUUUCUCUCUGCAAAUGUGACUACGAAGAAAGGAAAAAAAAUAUCAACAGCUCGAUUCCAUCCAAAGGGUAAAGCGCCAAAAGCGAACCGGAGAGUCAGCAGAGUCAAAGGAAGGGGAGUAAUUGCAAAACGGGCGUUUGCUCCGAUUCCAAAUUGCAUAUCCAAGGGUAGGAGGCCAGCCAGCGCAGUUAGACUGUGAGGCUACGUAACGCGAAUCGGUCAACUACAUCGAAGUCUUCUUAGGCGGUACAUUAGGAAAAUGGCUCCCCUUCGCUUCGUUGGAGCGUUCCAGUGGCCUGCUAACCAUGGCAUACUCGGGUGGCUCGAUGUAAAUGUCGACAUCGUGGGAGGUUUAUGCUGCGGAGGGAUGGAUGUGGAGUGUUUGUUGUUUCCAUCUCCAGUGCCGCGCCCCACACCACCAUCACUGUUCACACCAUACUGAAGUUGCAGCAUUGGCGAAUAUGAUCACACGAUCGUAUUAUGUCAUCGGUGAGGGAGACGCACACUGGGGCCAUAAUAAGUUGGAAUGAAGUUUGCAAUACAAAAAAAAAUGCAAUGAAUGGCUAAUUUUGUAGAACAGGUGCAUUGUCGAAGGCUUGAAUGCUAUUAGUUAUAACUGGAAUAAUACGUGAAUGCAUAAUAGCAAUUCACAGGGACAGCAGCAACAGUAAGGCACAGCUGUCAAGCCCGUAAACUGUUAAGAUGAAUUUACAGGGGAUUUCAGACGACAGCGCAACAUCAUCAGCAGAUAAUAAACCAGAUAAUAUAAUCAGAUAUCCAAAAUCUCACAUUCCAGAUAUUUGUCACAAUACGUCCUUAUCUACACGGUCAUAACCGUUUUCAUAAAAAUAUUUUAAAAAGUUUGUUGAAUUAUUAUAAGCAAAAAAGCCUCUAAUUUUCCAUAUGAACUACAAAUUGAGAAGUGCAUUGCAAAUUCUUUCAAGACUUGCUGCUUUAUUAAGCUUUAUAGAGGACUUAGACCACAGGGGACAUCUUUGCGUCUUGUAACCAAGAAAAUCUGUCAAUCUAAAAUGAAAUAGCUGUUGACAGAUAAUUGGCUUUUCUUCAUCUUUGUAACAAAUAACCGUUUAUACGAUUAUGAUGUUUUUGUGGUUUACUCACAAAGUCCUUCACGAAAACAUUCUCAAUUUUCAUGAACCAUGAAACCAAACUGAUCAUACAAACUAUGUAAACUUAAUUUGAAAUUCAUCAAUAUGCUUACAUUCAAUAUCUCAUCUCCGAUCACUGAUGACGUUACGGUGACGUUUGGUCAACCGGCGUUAAACUAUUCCCUAACUAUGGAUCCGCAUUCAAGUGUACUAUAAAACUAGUGCCGUUUAGUGUCACCCGUAUUCAUUCGUUCACUGCCAUGUCACAGAUGCGGAUCAUCAUUGCUCAACUGCUCGCAGUAGCAGUUCUGACUCAACCGUUGCUAGCGGCACCCAUAUUCUGGUUUCUUCCGUGGAGCUUCCCUUCCCUUUCUACCACCACCACCUCCUCAACAUCCGGGACGUCAUCCGGCUCAUCGAGUGGCGCUUCGAAUUCUUCCAACGUGUCGGUAGCAAUCGGAAACCGCGUCAAUACUUCGACCGGUCUAGACGAUUACGGUACGAACAUAACGAACGUUCAGAUAAACGUCAACCGUAUGCGAAGAGCUGUCACCGAUGAGGAUUUGGUCCGGCUUGAGCGUAGACUGGCCCGUCAGACCGCCAAUAAUGGUACGGCGAGUGAAUCGAUAAUUACAAUCGGUGAGCAUACGAUACGGCUACCGUCAAACAUAUCCAACCUCACCGUCAACACGUAUCUUAUAAACGGAAUCCCACAAGAUACUAUGAAGCUGCCAGAUACGGGUACUAUGGUCAUAAGUACCACCGAAUCGUCAUCUCCAUUACUUACGGCUUACAGUAUUUUUAAGAAUUUUUUAUCAUCAUUCUUCGGCAAACAAAUGCCACAAGGAUAGAGCUGGGAGCAGUCGAGAAAUCUAGCCAUGGAACCAGCAAUUUUCUUCAGCCUUGAAGGACCUGAGAAGUGUUUGUGCAUAUAAAUUGCAUUAUCAUACUAACGUUAUCUGAAAAUACAUUUUAAUGGUACCCAGGCCCAAAAACAGGCGACAGCAAAAACUUCUCACAACACACAUCGGGUGUUCCACCAUCUUCUGGUUCUAAUCUAUUUCCAAUCGUCCGCUUGUCGUACACAGCACGCAAGCAAGAAGCAACACUAAACCGGGAUGCAACAAUAAAGUAGAAGAAUUUGCAAAGCCGGUCACCACGCUCACCAGGAACAACAUGGGUGCAGGUGACGAAGCUGUGUGUUCAAAACAAACAUCGACGACGAUCCCAGGGCUAACAUACGUGUUGACGUACAAGCGCACAUCGUUGCAGAGUUAGGGAAAGCAUUAGCGCACAACCGCACAGCGACACGCGGAUGCGCUGCUAUAUUUAGGUGACACGUUACUAUUUUUCACUUUUUCGAAAAGAAGGAAGCGAAUGCGAGCACUGCGGCGAUUCGUACAGUGUAUUGACGAUCUUCUAAGUGAUCCACCGUGGGAGAAAGCGAAUGUGUGCUUGAAAAGCGAGUAGCAUCGCUAUGCACUGAAUGAAAUCGAAACUUGGUUGGUUUUGUUUUGAGCUACAAAUAAUAAACAGAAAAGGGCUUUAGAUUAGUAAACCUUGGUAAAAAAGCCAAAGAA